AUGCGGCGCAAGCUCCCCGGCGACGCGCCGCUGUCGGCGGCGGGGCCCGGUCAUGCGUCGUCCGCAUCCGCGCCGUCCGAGGCGGACCUCGCGCAGCUCUCCGCCGCCAUCGCGGCCGGGGAGGACCUGGGCCCCUUCGUGCGCCGGGCCUUCGCGUGCGGCCGCCCCGAGCCGCUGCUUGCCUCGCUCCGCGGCGCGGCGCGGGACCGCGAGGCCGAGAUCGAAGAGCUCUGCCGCGCGCACUUCCACGAUUUCAUCCGCGCCGUCGACGACCUCCGGUCCCUCCUGGCCGACGCCGACGCGCUCAAGGGCUCCCUCUCGGCGUCCCACUCCGCGCUUCUCUCCUCGGCGGCCCCGCUGCUCGCCUCGCUUGAGUCCUUCCUCGCCGCGCGCUCGCUCGCGGGGAACCUCUCCUCCGCGCUAGCCUCCUCCCGCCGGUGCGUGCGGCUGCUUGCGCUCGCGGCGCGGGCGAACGCGCACCUCCAGGCCGGCAACCAUGGGCUCUACCUCGCCCUGCGCGCUGUCGACGCCAUCGACCGUGAUCUCGCCUCGGGACCCGAGCCGCUGCCGCUACCCACGCUCCGCCGCAUGCUGCUCAGCGUCGUCCCUGCGGUGCGCGCGCAUGCCGAGCGCGAGAUCUCCAGGGAGUUCUCCGACUGGAUGGUUAGCAUCCGCGCCGCUUCGAGGCACCUCGGCCAGGUGGCCAUCGGCCGCUCGGCUGCCGCCAGGCAGCGCCAGGAGGAGCUCCGCUCCAAACACCGCCCGCUGGAGGAGUGCAUCACCUUGGAUGACGAUGGAGUUGGUGACCUUGAUGAUUUUGCGGCAGCCGCGGCAACAGCUGACGCAGCAGAUGGUGCCGCUGCAGCCUCUUUUGACCUUACACCGCUCUAUCGAGCGAUGCACAUACACCAGACGCUGGAGCUGGGUGAGCGGUUCAAGAAGUACUACCUGGAAAACAGGAAGCUGCAGCUGACAUCGGACUUUGAUGUCAUUGCGGCGACACCAUUCCUCGAGUCCCACCAGGUGUUUUUCUCGCAGAUUGCUGGGUUCUUUAUUGUUGAGGACCGGGUGUUUAGAACAGGUGGUGGGCUCACAUCUCGGCCAGAUGUAGAUGCACUUUGGGAUGCCGCUGUGGGGAAGAUGGUCUCUGUGAUGGAAGACAACUUCUCCAGGAUGCAGACAGCAAACCACUUGCUUCUCAUCACUGAUUAUGCUGCUUUGCUUUCUGCCACAAUGCGGCGGUAUGGUUAUCCAGUAGGGAUGCUGCUGGAUGUGCUGGCUAAGCACAGAGACAAGUACCAUGAUUUGCUGCUUGCAGAUUGCCGUAGGCAGGUGGCAGAGGCACUGGCUGCAGAUAAGUUUGAUCAGAUGCUCAUGAGAAAGGAGUAUGAGUACUCAAUGAAUGUCCUUGCAUUUGGAAUUCAGAGCUCAGACAUCACCCCAGCUUUCCCAUAUGUUGCACCGUUUUCAUGCACUGUCCCAGACAUUUGCCGUAUUGUUCGUUCAUUCGUUGAAGAUUCUGUGAGCUUCAUGGCACAUGGGGGUGGUGGGGAUACCUAUGCAGCAGUGAAGAAGUACCUUGGUCGGAUCCUCUCUGAGGUGGUGGAUGCUUCGAUUCAAAAGCUUGUGGAUUCAGGCAGUGGUCUAAGUGUGUCCCAGGCAAUGCAGGUUGCUGCUAACAUGUCUGUGAUGGAGCGGGCAUGCGAGUUCUUCACACGCCAUGCUGCGCAACUGUGUGGUGUGCCGCUGCGUGCUGUGGAGCGUGGUCGGCGGGACUUCCCACUUCGCAGGUCACGUGAUACUGCAGAGGCACUCCUGCUGCGGCUUCUGCGUGCCAAGGCUGACGAGUUCAUGCGGCAAUCUGAUGGUGUCAACUGGAUGGCUGAUGACCCUCCUCCUGGCGGCAAUGAGUAUGCAAACGAGGUCAUCAUCUACCUUGAGACGCUCACAUCAACUGCACAGCAGAUCCUUCCCCUUCCCGUGCUCCGCCGUGUACUUGUGGCAGUGCUUGCCCACAUCUCUGAAAGGAUCAUCGAGCUCUUCUUGAACGAUUCAGUAAAGCGGUUCAAUGCCAAUGCGGUCACUGGUAUAGAUACUGAUCUCAAAAUGUUUGAGACAUUUGCAGAGGGCAUGUCUAGCCUGUUUGUGGACUCAGGUCAAGAAUCUGCAAAAAAUGAAAUGAAGGGUGCACUAGUGGAAGCAAGGCAGCUAGUGAAUCUUCUUAUGAGCAAUAGUCCAGAGAAUUUCCUAAAUCCAGUGAUCCGUGAAAAGAGCUAUAACAAGCUAGAUUAUAGAAAGGUUGCAAUCAUCUCAGAGAAGUUUAGAGAUACCUCAGAGAGUUAUUUCUCAACGUUCGGGACAAGGGGUGCCAGGCAGAACCCAAAGAAGAAAUCUCUGGAUACCCUGAUCAAGAGGCUCAGAGAAGCCAGUUAG